ACGAACGGGUUGAAGGGAUCUGGAGUUGAUUUUAGAGAUGGGAGAAUUGAGUCUCGGAGUGACUGUCUCCUAGUGCCUCAGUUUCCUUAGCUGCGAAAUGAGUUAACAGUGAUGUCCCAGGGCUGCCAUGAGUUUGAAAGAUGAUGUAGUGUGGAGAGGUGGUUUAUGAAGUACCAAGCGCUGUACUAAUGUGAGGGACUGCGCCAUAAUUGUGGGUAUGCCAUGGAAACAGGUAAAUUUUUCCAUAACCUUAUGGAGAGAAAGGACUUUGAGACAUGGCUUGAUAACAUUUCUGUUACAUUUCUUUCUCUGACGGACUUGCAGAAAAAUGAAACUCUGGAUCACCUGAUUAGUCUGAGUGGGGCAGUCCAGCUCAGGCAUCUCUCCAAUAACCUGGAGACUCUCCUCAAGCGGGACUUCCUCAAACUCCUUCCCCUGGAGCUCAGUUUUUAUUUGUUAAAAUGGCUCGAUCCUCAGACUUUACUCACAUGCUGCCUCGUCUCUAAACAGUGGAAUAAGGUGAUAAGUGCCUGUACAGAGGUGUGGCAGACUGCCUGUAAAAAUUUGGGCUGGCAGAUAGAUGAUUCUGUUCAGGACGCUUUGCACUGGAAGAAGGUUUAUUUGAAGGCUAUUUUGAGAAUGAAGCAACUGGAGGACCAUGAAGCCUUUGAGACCUCAUCAUUAAUUGGACACAGUGCCAGAGUGUAUGCACUUUACUACAAAGAUGGACUCCUCUGUACAGGGUCAGAUGACUUGUCUGCAAAACUAUGGGAUGUGAGCACAGGGCAGUGUGUUUAUGGCAUCCAGACCCACACUUGUGCAGCGGUGAAGUUUGAUGAGCAGAAGCUUGUGACAGGCUCCUUUGACAACACUGUGGCCUGCUGGGAAUGGAGUUCCGGAGCCAGGACCCAGCACUUCCGGGGGCAUACGGGGGCGGGGCCCAUCUCCAAUAUCGCCUCUUCCCUGAAGUCCUCCCUGAUACCCCUGGGCAGAGUUAGUCAUUCUCCUUGGUGUUUCCCUAGCAAGAGGUAAACAUUUAUUUUUUUUUUUUUGGACUUCCUCUUCCACCCCUCACUUAGUCUGAGUUCCUUAAAGAAAAGAGCAGUGUCUUCUUCUUUGGGUCCCCAGUGUUCCUUUAGAGCUUGGCAGGCGUUUAAAAACAAAUAUUUGAGUACUUGCUAUACUCAGGCACUGUUUUAGGUGCUGGGGAUAGAGCUCUAAAGAAAAUCAGACAGUUUGAGAGAAUGGCUCAGUCUGACCUUUUCAGAUCUUUGUUUUUCUCAUUACACUGGCUUUUCUUGAGUAUGGGUACUGUUUUGCAGCUUAUACUCUUAACGUUUUAUCUUACUGCAGUAAAUAGUACAAAUAUGAGUAGGUCCA